AUGGAAAACACUCCAAACUCUCAUUUUCUCUUAAUUUUUCCUUCAGCACUUUGCGGUGUUUUUCUUCAAUUUUUUCUAAAUGCGUCAAGAAAUUUGAUACGUCUCCUUUUCUGUGCCCUGGCGCCAUAUCUGUCUCAUGCACGGCGCGCUCUCCUCCUCCGAAUGACCUGCACUUCUUCUCGUCCUGCUCCUUCUAUCGAUUUUCUUUAUGGCGUCUAUUAUGUGUCGUGA